GCGGCAGAAGGCCUAGGCGUCACUUCCUGCGGGACGGCGGAUUUAAGGAGCAGAAUUUCCGCUUUCGCUCUUUUCCGACGGUGACGACCUCCCCGUGAGAACAUGCCUCUCGCAAAGGAUCUCCUUCAUCCCUCUCCAGAAGAGGAGAAGAGGAAACACAAGAAGAAGCGCCUGGUGCAGAGCCCCAAUUCCUAUUUCAUGGAUGUGAAAUGCCCAGGAUGCUAUAAAAUCACCACCGUCUUUAGCCAUGCACAAACAGUAGUUUUGUGUGUUGGCUGCUCUACCGUCCUCUGCCAGCCUACAGGAGGAAAAGCAAGGCUUACAGAAGGGUGCUCUUUCAGACGGAAGCAGCACUAAAAGCCCCUGGAAUCAAGAUGAAUGGGAAACCAUCCGAAUAAACACAUUUUGGAUA